AGACCCAGACGAGGGUACAGAAGAGAAUAACGGAGAGAAUAAGGACUGUUAUCCUGGUUUUAUUUGGCCUUAUUGUUUUGCAGGAAAUGUUCUUGGCAUUUUGAUCAACCAAACUGGACAUGCGGUACAAAUUUAUUUGCUGGGGUAAAAUGACCUGUGUUCCAUUUAUUGAGAUACAACAUCAUAUUUUACAUAAUCAAUUGUAAACUAUACCACAAAUUAGAAUGUCCUUCAUAGUGACGUUCAAAAUGCUUAAUUGAACUAUUCUAGAUAUACAAUCUGAAAAGUAUUAUUCUGUCGAUGUGCCAAUAUUAUUAUUGAGUAGCUAUUCCUUGAAAGAAACAAAACAAUUGGGGAUUAGUUAGCCUCUUUUUGCGCCAUAAUCUAAAGUAAAAUCGACCAAGGCCUCUGAAAAAUAUAUAACUGAGUCUCAGAGAGAGGGAGGGGUUCAGUGACCCUGCAGCCUGACAUUGGACAGGGAGGGGAAAGUGAUAUAUCCCCAGGACACCACUGCCUCUUCUUGCACUCUCUCUCUGUUCCCCUGGAGAGCACGGCAAGAGACACAUCAUGCAACAUAAUGGUAAUGGGAAGGAGAAGCAGUCGGUGAACCAAUCCGACCCUCAGCUCCAGGGGAUGACUGAUGGCAGCGGACCACACAUCCCAGGCAAUGACACCCUAAGCGGUCCCACACUCUUCCAACUGCCCGCUCAUUCCCAACUGGAGUUCAAACGCAACGCAGUCACAGAGGACUACAAAAUAACAACUCAAGUACUAGGACUGGGUAUCAACGGGAAAGUGCUGGAAUGCUACUGCAAGAAGACAGGGGAUAAAUGUGCGCUCAAGAUUCUGCAUGAUAGUCCUAAGGCGCAGCGGGAGAUGGAGCUUCAUUGGAGAGUGUCGGGGGGUCCAUACAUUGUUCGCAUCCUCAGCCUGUAUGACAACAUGCACCAGGGGAAAAAAUGCCUGGUUAUCGUCAUGGAGUGUAUGGAGGGAGGCGAGCUGUUCAGUCGCAUUCAGGCCAAAGGGGACCAGGCUUUCACAGAGAGAGAGGCUUCAGAGAUCAUGAGGGACAUAGGUACGGCCAUCGAGUACCUCCACCACAUGGACAUAGCUCACAGAGAUGUCAAGCCUGAAAAUCUGCUCUACACCACCAAGGAGAGCAAUGGUGUUCUGAAACUGACUGACUUUGGCUUUGCCAAGGAGACCACCCUCCACAACUCCCUCCAGACACCCUGUUACACCCCUUACUAUGUUGCCCCCGAGGUGCUCGGUCCAGAGAAGUAUGACAAGUCAUGUGACAUGUGGUCUCUGGGCGUGAUCAUGUACAUCCUGCUGUGUGGAUUCCCUCCGUUCUACUCUAACACGGGCCAGGCCAUCUCUCCAGGGAUGAAGCAGAGGAUCAGGAUGGGCCAGUACAACUUCCCUAACCCUGAGUGGGCCGAAGUGUCAGAGGAAGCCAAACAGCUGAUCAACCAGCUGCUGAAGACAGACCCAAACGAGAGGAUGACCAUCGGGCAGUUCAUGAACCACCCCUGGAUCAAUCAGUCGAUGGUGGUUCCUCCUACUCCUCUGCACACAUCCCGUGUUCUGACAGAGGACAGAGAACUGUGGGACGAUGUCAAGGAGGAGAUGACCAGUGCUCUGUCCACCAUGCGUGUGGACUAUGACCAGGUGAAGAUCAAAGAUCUAGACACGUCCAAUAACCCACUGCUCAACAAGCGACGCAAGAGACCUGCUGCUGGGGGUUUGAGGGAGAGGAGUGAGGAGGGGGAGGUGGUGCGUGAUUAGGAGGAGGAUGCGCAAUGGUUUGCAACAACAAGGCUGAGGGGAAAGGAGAGCGAGGAGGGGAGGGGAUGUUUUAUUAAAACCUCUAGGCUACUGAUCUUGUGUUUAUAUUACUUAUUUGAUUCAUUCCUCACAGUUUAAAAAAAGUCAGAAUACAAACACCCCAAUAUUCUUAAAGCCCUUCUUUUGAAUUAACGUAAUUACGUCUCCCUCAAAUGCUCGACUGCUUUUUAUACGACCGGUGUGUCUAAUCCUGAAUGCUGAUUGGUUGAAAGCGCAUUCCAGCGGGGGUUCAUUCCACAAAUUACCACCAGCUAAAUCUAUGACGUUAAAAUGCCUAUUUACUCUGUUCCAUUUGACGGAGCAUUCCACUGUCUCAUUUAAAAAAAUAUAUUUUACCUUUAUUUAACCAGGCAAGUCAGUUAAGAACAAAUUCUUAUUUUCAAUGACAGCCUAGGAACAG